AUGUCUACGAUCAGUUCUACAGUAGAAAAACUCAACGAACGCAUGACAAGCCUUGAAUCUGCGCGGGUCAAAGACACCGACAAUAUGGCAGCCGAACAAGAUGACACAAGUUGUCCUGAACCAACAGAUGUCUCAGAUCAGCUUUCUAUUGCUGUCCCACCGGACGCAGAGAUAGAAAGUUUUAGUCCAGUAAUCCUGGACCCCAAUUUUAGCCACAAAGUUGGCAACAUAACGAGCAAAUCGCUCACCCAAGGUCAUAACAAUGACACCACUUGUUUAUCAGAAAACAACAAUGGCGGAAAGAACCUUUCCGAAGUUGAGGCCCAGCCUAGCAGGAUAGUGCAAAACACUUACCGUUUGAUCCUGUGGCUGAAGCUCCUAGUUGGGAGCCUUCUACGGUAUUUAAAUAAUUUUUAGAGACGAAUUUUCGUCGCAGUCUCUCCUGAUCACAAAUUUUUAGUAUUUUUGGAAGAAACGUCUCUUCCUGAUUUAGACGUGUUUACAACGCCAAAACUUGAUAAACCUAUCGCGGAUCAAAUUCAAAAAAAUUAUAAAAAGUCGGUUGAAAACCGUGAUAAAGAACUGAUAAACGGGUUCAGAGACAUGUCCUAAACGUGGGGGCUCCAUUGACAGCCCUCCAUGCAUGAUCUGCUAGAAAGCAAACAAGAAUUAUCACAUGAUCAAAUGUUAAGCCUUGUUGAACGGGCCAUUUGUUUGCUAGGGAAUGCAGCAAAUUCCCUUUCGGUGUUGCGUAGAACUAAGAUUCUAUACGCUAUAAAUCCGGCAAAAAAAUUCGCUUGCAGAACCCCCUUUUCCAAACGCAGGAAAGCAGUUGUUUGGCGAGGACAUUACGAAAAUAACAGCUGAUAGUGCUGACAUUGUUAGAAAUCUACAAAAAACUGAAUCAACAGCACCCACAAACAUCUUCGUGGUCGAAAACACAAUUGAAAAAAUACUAAUCAAAAAACCAAAAUUUUCGCCCGACUCCCUUCGCCCCAAAUCACUACCCUCACCAGGCGAAGGGCAGAUUUCAAUUCCAGCAGCAGCCCUUUCGAGGCAAGCAAAACAACAGCUCCCACUAGCGGGGCGCCUUUCUUUCUUCAUAAAAAACUGGCUAAAUAUAACACAAGAUUCUACCAUUUUAGAAAUCGUUCAAGGUUAUCAAAUUCAAUUUCACAGUCCUCCUAUUCAAAAAACUGUUCCUCGCCCGUCGUUGCAAAAUUGCAAGUUAGUAAGCGAGGAAAUCGAAGCGUUGUUACACAAAGACGCGAUCAAGCGUGUACAUUUCAACGACCAAGCGUUCUAUCACAGAAUAUUUUUAGUUGCCAAAAAAGGUGGUGGUCAACGCCCAGUUUUAGAUCUAAGCCCUCUAAACAAAUUUAUCCAGACAGAACAUUUCAAAAUGGAAAAUCUCAUGACAAUAAAAUCCCACAAGGGGAUUAUAUGA